CAUAUGACACAUCACACAUACCUUUUGUUCAAGGACAUGGGGACGAUUCUGACCAGUCACAACGAGGACCAGGAUGAAGUCAGUGAGUUUUGCUCACCCAAUGACUCCAACUGGGUCCUCACACAUGCUCAACUUACUCAUUUGCCCAUCACUGUGGUGGAACACCUAUGGGAGGACUACAACAAAUUGGAACUGUCCCAAAGGAAUCGAGACUGGGACGAGGCACCCAAGCUUAAUCCAGAAACCAAGGAUGCCCUGGAUUACCUUGCUGGAAAAGGAUACAGAGAUGUCAUGUCAUUCCUUCAGUUCUGCUCGGCUUAUAGAUGGAAGGCAAUGCCCGAUCGAGAAAUUAAGGCCAGAGCUGUAUUCAAAAAUAUGUUUCCUAAUGGUGCUGUGACGCAAGAUAAUUUAUACGCCGCUCUACGAAGGCGCUGCCCCAAAGAAACAGAAGAAUCUCUCAAACGAUUCUCCAAAGUUUUCUUUAUGCAGAUGAACCAGCUUCAAGAUGGCAAGUGGCUCUGUCUCGGAGGACGCCUUUGUUGUAUGGGUGAUGAUGGCCACACCAAAGGUCCAGGCUUCGGUACUUGAACUUGCUGAUACUCGCUCAAAGCCUUAGAAAUGAUUAUACUAUUACUAUUAAACGGCUUUUGAAGAAAAAGCUUCGCAGUGUCG